AAGUUUGACGCAUGAGGCCUUAAUUUUGGACCAAGAGAAACGGUGGAUAAAGCGAGGAUGAAGAAGUGGCAAAAGAGGUAGCUGGGUACCUCUGGGAAGCAUCAGCAAUCAGCAUUGUUUGGAUUUGGAAUGAAUGUGAUGGCUUCUCUGCUCCCUCCAACUGCUACUUGCACACUCAAACACAACCACAUGGCCUGUCCCCUCAGACCCAUCACCCCAACCAUUGCCAAUGCUUCUUUCUCAUCAUUAAACCACCGUUUGAAGAGCAACUCCGCAAAGUGCCAUGCGUUUUUGGAUGAAGUGGCCAAAGGGUUGUUUAGUGAUGGUCUCGAAUCGGGAAUAGUGCAGUUCCAGAGAGCGACUGAAGGCUUAUCCGACAUGCAGAGGUGGGGCUUCCUCGUGUUUGGUGGCUUGACUUGGAUUUACUUGACUGCGAGGCCAGGUGUUCUUGUUGGCGCCAUUGAUGCGUACCUUUUGGCGCCUCUUCAACUGGGUUUGGACAAUUUGUCUGGGAGGAGGAACCUCAAGAGGAGUGACUUUGUGGUUGGAGAUAAGCUUGGUGAAGGGUCCUUUGGCGUUGUCUAUUCGGGUGUCGUGGUUCCAAAGAACGGGAAUGGGGAUCUGAAUGUGGUGCAGAAGAGGGGGAGAGGAAAGGCAACUCAGGUGAAUGCCAAGUCUAAGGAUAAAGUCAUUCUAAAAAAGGUCAAGGUUGGAAUCCAAGGUGCUGAAGAGUUUGGUGAUUAUGAGGAGUGGUUCAAUUACAGGCUAUCUAGGGCUGCACCUGAAACAUGUGCUGAUUUCCUUGGAAGUUUUGUAGCUGAUCAAACAAAUUCACAAUUUACAAAAGGUGGAAAAUGGCUUGUUUGGAAGUUUGAGGGAGAUCGUACUCUUGCUGAUUACAUGAAAGAUCGCAACUUUCCUUCAAACUUAGAAUCUGUGAUGUUUGGACGGGUCUUGCAAGGUGUCGACUCUUCAAAACGAAAUGCAUUGAUCAUCAAGCAAAUAAUGCGCCAGAUCAUUACAUCUCUUAGGAAAAUCCAUGAUACAGGCAUUGUUCACAGGGAUGUAAAGCCAGCCAACUUAGUGGUUACAAAACGAGGGCAGAUUAAACUCAUUGAUUUUGGUGCUGCAACGGACCUGCGGAUUGGAAAGAAUUAUGUUCCCAAUCGCACUCUUUUGGAUCCUGACUACUGCCCACCAGAAUUAUAUGUACUUCCAGAAGAAACACCAAGUCCUCCACCAGAGCCAAUUGCUGCUUUCCUUUCACCAAUCCUGUGGCAGUUAAACAGUCCUGAUUUGUUUGAUAUGUAUUCAUCUGGGAUUGUACUCCUGCAAAUGGCAAUACCAAGCUUAAGGUCUCCUGCUGCUUUGAAGAAUUUCAACUUGGAACUAAAAACUUGUGGAUAUGAUUUGAAAAAAUGGAGGGACUACACUCGCCUUAGGCCUGACUUCCAAAUUCUAGAUAGUGAAUCUGGUAGAGGGUGGGACCUAGCAACAAAGCUUGUAUCUGAGAGAGGAUCCCUAAGAAGAGGACGUUUAUCUGCUUCUGCUGCUUUGAGACAUCCUUAUUUUCUUCUGGGUGGUGAUCAGGCAGCUGCAGUCCUUUCAAAAUUAAGUAUAAGCAGAAAGUGAGCUGCUUAGCAAUGAGGAGCACAUUUGAUUUCAAAGGUCUCCCACCGCAAGCCCGCGUAACUUGUGAAUUGACAACAAGUUUUUUUUUUUUCUGUGUUUGGGUUUUCCUUCCCAAGUUUGAAUCAGGGGACUCAAUUUCUGGCAUGCAAUAAGGCUGAGUACUUCAAAGCUUACAGGAGGAAAAAUUAUUGCUGUUGUAUACAUUUAUAUCUUCGGUGUAACUUAUAUGCCAACAAUCUCAAUCAGGUGCACAUAGUGGUUGUAAGAGCUUAUUCAGUUGUCUCCUAUGUUUUGUUUCUACAAGAGGUGAAUGCUUGAAGAUUGGUGGGACCUCACCUGUGAUACCAUAACUUCGAGUUUUAUGGCUUGAAACAGGACAUACAGCAAGUAGAGCUGCGUUCUAUUGACACUAACUAGAUGAAACUUACAUCCAAGACGGGAUUAUCCGAUUAUGUAUGGAGUUCCAUAUACUCUGUCAUCUGAAUAGUAUUCUUGUACGAAAUUGUGCUUCUUGUGGCUUUCAAAGAGUUGUCAUAGGUUAAAUAAUCAUAGUUCUUCACACCAAAAUUACUAGCUUAUUUUACAAAUUACCACACAAAUGUAAGAACAUACAAAUUAAAACUAUUGGCAUCAAUUCAAACAAAAUGGUAUUGUGAAUCACCA